AUGCCCGCGGGCGUGUCCUGGGCCACCUACCUGAGAAUGUCCGCUGCCAGCCUCCUGACCAUGUGCGCCGGGGCCGAAGCCGUGCACAAGUAUUACCGGCCGGACCUAACAAUACCUGAAAUUCCACCAAAGCCUGGAGUACUCAAAACGGAGCUUUUGGGACCGAAAAAGAGACAACAUGAACCUCAAAUUUCUCAACAAUAGAAACCUCAAAAUACUUAACUCUGCCAACAACUCCGUGAAUAAUAUUAUAAGUAUUAAAUAUAUAUUUUUAAAGUUUAUUGCGUCAAACUGGUUGUCUUUAAGCAUCUAAUGCAAUGCUAACUGCAAGAGGUGCCAGGUGUUAAGGGGAUGCAUUGAGAUUUAAUUAUGGAUUGACCAGUGUUUCUUGAAAACUGCCAAAGUCUGUAUCAUCAGCUUUUUGAAUGUAUUGGAAUAGAUACUUAGUCUUGGAUAUCAUGUGAGAAUGAGUAUUUACAGUGUUUGCUGCCCUUAUAAUUCUGGUUUAUUUCUCUGAAUAAGCUUGACUAUCGUGACAAAUGGGAAUUAUAAAUUAACUAUAAUAAAAGUGUCAUUGAUAAUGAAAAAAA